GGACAGCCCAAUAAAGGACGUGGGUUGCGCUGGAGGGCUACUCCAUUGACGCCAGACCUUGCCCAGUUUGUGCACGAGGACGACACUGAGCUAGACAGGAAUGGCUGGACCCCACUGGACUAUUUUGAACAGUACAUAGAUAGAGAUUUGAUGAAAAUGAUUUCAGAUUGCUCUAAUGCUAUGUCACUGUCUAGGAGUGGGGAUCUACUCAACACCUCUGUAGAUGAGGUUUACCACUUUUUUGGUGCCUGUAUUUUGAUGUCCUGCAUCCGAUACCCAACAAUCAGGAUGUACUGGUCCAAAGCCUUGAGAAUCACUGCCAUCACUGACAAAUUCACGCGCAACAGAUUCUUCAGACUGAGGGGAUCAAUAAAAGUGCUAAUUGAUGAUGAUGUGCCAGAAGAUCUGAGGAAGAGGGACAAAUUCUGGAAGGUGAGGCCUUUUCUGGAUCGGAUUCUGCAAGGCUGCAAGUCUCAGAAUCGACCUGAAUGCGCAUCCAUUGAUGAGCAGAUGAUUCCUUUCACAGGAGCCUGUCCAUGCAGACAAUAUCUGCCAAUGAAGCCAAACCCAGUUGGCAUCAAGAACUUCGUUUGUGCUACAGCAGAUGGCAUUGUGCUGGACUUUGAUCUGUAUCAAGGUAAAGGUGCACUGCUUGAGCAGGUCGAAGAAGAAGAGGUGGGCCUGGGGUUGGGAGGCUUAGUCUUGGCUCGUCUGUGUCAAACUCUGCAUCGUGGCACGAAAGUGUAUUGUGACCGGUUCUUCACAAGCAUCCGAUGUGUGGAAACAAAUGAUGAAGAAGGAGAUGUACAUUACUGGUACAAUAAUGAAGAACCGACUCGCUGGCGCGAAGGAGAAGCUAGCCUCUGACAAAACCAUGAAAAACACAGGAAGAGGUACCUCAUCAGAACUUUCCACUGAAGACGGAAAGUUGUGUGUAGUGAAGUGGUACGACAACAAACCAGUGUUGAUGAUGUCUGUUGUUCAUGGCACAGAGCCUGAAGACACCUGCCAGCGCUGGGACAAGAAAUUGAAAGAAUAUGUGACUGUCUCGCGACCAAGCAUUGUCCGUGAGUACAACCUCAAGAUGGGUGGAGUUGAUUUGAUCGAUAGAAUGAUUAGCUACUAUCGCAUGAGCGCCCGUACUAAGAAGUGGACGAUGCGGAUGCUAAUGCACUUCACGGAUCUGGCUUUAGCCAACAGCUGGCUGCUCUACCGCAAAGACCUCGCAAUAUGUGCUGCACCAAAGAAGAGCAUCAUGCAGUUCCUUGAGUUCCGUACGGAAAUGGCUAUGACCCUCUUGGCCCAGCAUCACGGUCAAGGAAGCGAUGCAGACCUCUCUGAACAGUCAGAGGAAGAAGACAACUCAAAUCAAGGGAAGAAACGUUUUGUGACGGCAGUGCCCCAUGUCUCGGUCCGCAGGAGGGCGAAUGCCCAUCUCCCAGAGAUGAUCAGCCUGAAGAACGCGGCGCGCUGCAGGGUAGCAGGCUGCACUGGAAGAACCCGAGUGCGUUGUGUGACCUGCAAAGUGUUCUUGUGCUUGCAAGGCGAUCGCAACUGUUACACAGCCUUUCACACAUAGGUGUGUACAUGUUCCUAAAGA